CACGGUGUGACAUUUGGAUUCACGCACGCUCGAACCAGGGUCAUGAACUUGGCCGUUCGCGACCUCCGAUCGUUCGUUCCAGCCGCGAACUUUGAGCAGUCCAAGGCGUUCUACGCGGCCCUGGGCUUCGAGUGCACGUGGUCUUCCGACUCACUCGCGGUGUUCACGUACGGGCCACUGUCGUUCUACCUCCAAGCGUUCAAUGACCAGCCCUUUAUCGACAACUACAUGAUGUAUCUGAGCGUCGACAACGUGGCGGACUGGUUCACGCACACAAAGGCUGUCACAGACACGUUCAAGACUCGCCUUGGGGAACUCGAGGACCAGCCAUGGGGCCAGCGAGACUUCACGUUUCAGGACCCGUGCGGCGUGUGCUGGCGCGUCGCCGAACAGCGGGGUGGAUGAGUUUAACGCGUUUAACGUACCAUUCUUGGAACGAUAUGCACAUUGCGCUCAAAAUAUACAUACAAAUAUGCAUAUGACAUGUCGAC